CAUGACCAAUAAUAUAAUGCCACGUAAACGAAAUCGAAACCAGGCAUCAUGUCAAAUCGAGGAGGUCAAAAUCUAAAUCUUGGUUUGGUAGAAGCGGCGAAAGCCGAAACGAACGAUCCUUUUCACGGAAAACCAGUUCGCCUCCGCUUCUUCAUAGCUUUGAUAACCUGCACUUUAUGAGUUCAAGGAGUCCUGCUGCAAACUCUGUUUCCUAUAAAUUGGGAAACAAGAACAACUUCCUUUUCUGGAUUUUGCAUUGCUUACUUCCAUCUUUUUUGGGAUCCUCUGUUGCAUUUGUCAACUUCCAGCUGUUUAAGGCCAUUGUCAGGUGUCCAUCUUCCUCAGUUUAAAUUAUAGGAUCUUUUGCAGAGAUCCUCUAGUAGUUCUGAAAGUUUCUCCCUUGACAUUGUGGUGAGCUCUCCCCUCAUUGAUAUCAGCAAGAUGGUUUCCUCACAAGUGUCAAUUCUCACUGGGGCCCGCUCACAGAAGCCUUUACUGGAUGAAUUGCUUCUUCCAAUGGAAUCACCUGAUGCUAUUCCUUCUGAAUAUGUUGAAUUUGAUUUUUCCGAUGUCUUUGGUCCUGCGCCAGUUGAAGCCUUAAAUGACCUCAGCUGUGAGCACUCCAAAAGUAUGGUUGCUGGAUCAGAUGUGAAUGAGUUUCUUUAUGAUGAUCCAGCCAUCAUAUGUAGCCGGUCCCAUUCUUUAGUGGGCCCCUCAAGUUAUGUUAAUCAGUCUUUGAAGCUUAGCAAGCUCACAUUGCACGAGUCAGAUGAGGAUUCCCUCGAACUUGUGGAUGGAGUGAGUGAGGAUAUGCUGAAAUGUACUACGGAGCCAUUUAGUGGUGAAAAACCUAAUGGAGAUAUUGUUAAUCAUGAUCUGGAAGACCAUUGUGCAGGACUUGAAGAUUUUGAAAUUUUGAAGGUAGUUGGCCAAGGCGCCUUUGCCAAAGUGUAUCAAGUGAGGAGGAGAGGUACUUCAGAAAUAUACGCGAUGAAAGUCAUGCGUAAGGAUAAGAUAAUGGAGAAGAAUCAUGCCGAUUACAUGAAAGGGGAGAGAGAUAUUUUGACCAAAGUUGAUCACCCAUUCAUUGUGCAGCUAAAAUACUCAUUCCAAACCAAAUAUAGACUGUACCUUGUACUUGAUUUUGUAAAUGGGGGUCACCUUUUCUUUCAGCUCUAUCGCCAAGGCUUGUUCAGGGAGGAUUUGGCACGUAUUUAUACUGCUGAGAUUGUUUCUGCUGUUGUUCACCUCCAUGGGAAUGGCAUAAUGCACAGGGAUCUUAAACCUGAAAAUAUCCUUCUUGGUGCAGAUGGGCAUGUAAUUUUAACAGACUUUGGCUUGGCGAAGCAGUUUGUUGAUAAUACAAGAUCAAAUUCUAUGUGUGGCACGUUAGAAUAUAUGUCACCUGAAAUUAUUAAAGGGAAAGGCCAUGAUAAGGCUGCAGACUGGUGGAGUGUGGGAAUCCUGCUGUAUGAAAUGCUUACCGGGAAGCCACCUUUUGUUGGUGGAAACAGACAGAAAAUUCAGCAAAAGAUAAUACAUGACAAGAUCAAGUUGCCUGCAUAUUUGUCGAGUGAAGCCCAUUCGCUACUUAAAGGGCUGCUGCAGAAAGAAGCGAACAAGCGCCUAGGAAGUGGACCAUGUGGUGAUGAUGAGAUCAAAGGUCACAAGUGGUUCAAGUCAAUCAACUGGAAGAAGCUGGAUGCUCGUGAAAUUAGGCCAAGCUUUCGGCCAGAAGUUUCUGGGAGCCACUGCAUUGUUAACUUUGAUGAAUGCUGGACCAAAAUGCCGUUGGAGGUUUCUCCCGCUGCUAGUCCAACAUUUGGUGAGAAUCCUUUCAAGGGUUUCACUUACGUUAGGCCUGCUGCUUCAUUUCUUAAGAAUGCCUGAAGUAGUUCUUACUCAUGAUCGCUGAAGCAAACUAUGUUUUAUGGCUCAAAAUGUGUUUGGGCCAUUCAUUAUCUGUAAUUGCAGUUUCUUACUGGUGAUCCCUGUCAAUGAACUAUGCGUUGAAAAUUGAAAUAGCUUAUGUUUUAUGGCUCAGAACAUGUUUGAGCAGCAGAUUUUUGUAUGCAAUAAUUUUUAAAUAGUUGUUUCAAAAUAUCAAUUA